AUGGAUCCCGUAAGAACCGAAGUUAGGUUUAAUCAAAAUGUAAUUGAAAGAGUUAUAUUAGAACUUGCUGAUGCAUUUGAUAUCAAAAUAGUAUGGGAUGGUGAGACAGCACUCUUAAGUGGAGUAAUGGCCUUGGCAGGUGGUCUGCUUGGUGGUUAUGCAGGAGGCAGGAUGGGAGCAGCUCUGGGAGUUGGUAUAGGAGGUGCAGUAGGUGUUGGAGCCUCAACUGUUGUGCACCUGCGUGAAAUUUGGUCAAUAGUUAAAGAAAAGCUGAAAGAGCUACUAUUCAUUGUAUUCAACUACUUGCGGAGACUAGAUCCUGUUGACUAUGAACGAGGUAUUGCAAUACUAAUGGCCUGUACAUCAAGUCGGAGAGAACUUGUUUUUACACUUUUAGAUUUUAUUGCUCACAAACUGGGAAAGGAAGUAAUAUCUAGUAUAACAGUAGCUUGA